GCUGUCUACAAUUUAUCAAAAGUUGCCUUUUACUUUUAUUGCAGUGUUAUUUCAGUAUAGCUUAUUGUAUAAUACCAAUACCUAUAAUUUUAUUGAAUUAGAUUUACAGUAUACAGUUGUAAUACAUUAAAGAUGCUUUUUACAACCCACCUCUACAAUGGAAGUUGGCUAGGGUCAACAGCAGCACUCUGGUUGAGAACUACCACUGUGUUAGUGUGUUAGCAGGAGUCUAUAAACUUCCCUUUUAGAAGUUGGAAAUUGAGUUAAUCUUGCUCAACUGCAACUCUCUGCUGUCAUAUUGAUUUAUUUGUUUUUGCACCUCUAAAGGAAACUUCGAGAAGAACACCUGGUUACAGUAUGUCUGCAAUCAAUCUGAUGAACCUUGGAAGAGAGGCAACAUGACCAAACAGAGAUAUGGUCGCUAUAGCAACAUGGAGGAGGAUGAGUAUCAUGUCCCUGAUAACCAUGAAGAAGAGUUCUUGGUGCACAUCCUUCCUGCCAGAGCCUCCGAGUCAGACAGAGACUAUGCAGAUAGGGACAUUUCCAGAUCCUCCUACGCUCAGAGUAUCAGCUCCACUUCAAGUGGCAGCCCUAUCAUACCCCCACGGCAUCCCAAAAGAGGCCUCCCUUGUACUUCUCCAGGAAAUACCGGACCUUCUGUCAACCGCCAACUGAAGCCCAGAAAACCAAGGAGGACCCAGUUAGAUGGCAGAGCACAAGUCAUGGAAACUACAGAACAGAACAUGCUACUCCCACCAAGGUCCCCACCAUCCUUACCUAAGGACCUAAUGAACAAGCUGUCUGGGCUGAACCUCCAGAGGCCCUGCAGGAGAGACAGACAGAGAAGACAACAAAAUGUGGAAUGCAAUACACCUUCAAAUAGUAAUUGUUUAAGGAAAGAGCAAACUAUCCAAAGGUAUUCACUGGACCUUGAAUCUCAACUCAACACAGACAUAAGGUUACAACAAAGGCACAAUACCCCAGAAGAGUCGUCAGUGAAGCGCCAACAACACCAUGAGUGGCCUCAAACCAAAGAUGACGUGGAGCAGCAUGACUUUGUCCCCAAGGAAAGACCGUGUCAGACAUACAAUGAACAAGACUGGUACAUAGGAGCUUGUGAUCGAGCAGAGGCUGAACAUGCCUUACACCUGGUGAAUAAGAAUGGGGCAUUUUUGGUGCGGAAUUGCUCAAGGAACACGAAGAGCGAACCCUUUGUCUUAGCAGUGUUUCAUGACAAGAGAGUUUUCAACGUUAAAAUUCGGUUCAUUGAUAGCACCUCCAAGUAUGUCCUUGGGACUGGGCAAAGUGCCAAUGAUGUGAGUAGACAAAUGUUUGAUUCUGUGGCAGACAUCGUCAGAUUUCACUCCAUAUUCCCUGUGGUCCUGAUCAAUGGGAGGAACCAAUUAGCUAACAGAUAUCAGGGGAACUGUGUGUUGACAUACCCAAUCACAAAAGAGGUUGUCAACCAACUGUUGGAAUGAAAGGCCCUCUGUGCCCAAGCAAUAACUAUCCCAUUUUGUCUGAGUUGAUCCACUGGAUCUGUCUGUGUUUAUCUGUUUUGUAAUGUGCUAUAUUUUACUAUAAAUUGUUACAUUUCGCUCUCUACUCUGUACAAAGACUCACCAUUGUCUUGCAUCUGAGUACAUGUACUGUAUAGACAUUAUGUAAACUUGCCUAAAUAAAGGUUUUAA